AUGGGGAAACAACGUGAUCGUGUUGUGGUUGUGAUAUGGUUGCUGCUUUUAGUCAUGCUCAUCUUUCUGGUUGGAAACACUCAAAGCUCUCGAGCCCUACUUCUAGAUGAGAGUACUAACCAAGUUGUGUUGAAGAAGAAGCCCAACAACAGCAACAACUCUGAUGAGAAUUCAUCGUCGGUGAUGCACCGUAGUUUCUUCGCAUUCUUGCCAAAGUCGACUCCUAUCCCACCAUCGGGUCCUUCAAGGGAGCACAACGGUAUUGGCUUACAGAGCUCUUCACAGCUCUCACCUUGA